AGUAAACAGAUUUCUGAUGACAUCAAGCCAGGAAGCACGUAUCCAGUAGUACAGUGAGUGAGCAUCACAUUCGAUGUGAACCACUACCAAAUUCAUUGGAUAAUAAACCUCAACCAUGAUGUCUGACUUGAAGAACGAGGACACCCUGCAAGGAGUCAUCAUUGCGGAUUCCUAUGACCGUCGAUUCGGUCCACUCACCAUCCACACGCCCAAAUGUUUGUUACCCUUGGCCAAUCGCCCCAUGCUCAAUUAUGCCUUGGCUUGUCUCAAAUCCUGUGGUAUCCACGAUAUCAUCGUGUACUGCACUUCUCACGCGGAUCAAAUCAAGGCCUUCUUGGCCGAGAUCAAGUCGGAUUUGGGCUCCAUCACGGUCAUCACCAAUGAGGAAGGAAGGUCUUUUGGGGAUGCCAUUCGCGAUCUAGAUGCCAAGGGAUUGCUGAGGCAAAACUUCGUUCUCAUACAAGCCGAUUCUGUGGCUAAUGUUGACUUGAUUCCGAUAUUAGAGCGGCACAAGAAAAGAUUGACCGAAGAUCGGAAUGCGUCCAUGACCUUGGUGUUCAAAAAGGCUGCUCCAUGUCAUCCUGGUCGGACUUUGGAUGAAGAGGUGUUUAUCGCCACCAACGGAGACACCAAUCGCGUGAUUCAUCAUCAAAAAGCCAAUUCCUCAAAAUUGAAUGUGCCUUUGGAACUCUUGGAUGGGAUUGAUGAGGUGCGAUUGUGCUUUGAUUUAAUGGAAACGGGGAUUGCUGUGUGUUCACCGGCUAUUCCACCGCUCUUCGCCGACAAUUUUGAUUUCCAAACGAUGGACGACUUUCUCAAGGGUGUGAUUGAAAAUGAUUUGAUUGAGAACACCAUCUAUCUUCACGAGGUGGAAGAGCAUUAUGCGGCGAGGGUAUCCAAUUUACUCACCUAUCAAGUCGUAACUCAGGAUGUCUUGAAUCGUUGGAGUUUUCCUUUUGUGCCGGACAUGAUUUUGAUAGGCUUGGAAAAGACCAGAGAAUACCGAUAUGAACGGCACAACGUCUACAAGGGCAAAGAUGUCAUCAUCGAGAAGGGUGGAUGUUUGAAAGAAAAUGUUAUCGUGGGUUCCAGUACUCGUAUUGGGCAAUACUCAAGCGUUGAAAACUCAUCCAUUGGCGCAAAAUGUCGAAUCGGCCACAAUGUCACCAUAUUAAACUCUAUAAUUCACAGAGAUGUAACGAUUGAUGAUGAUUGUUACAUUGAAGGAGCAAUAAUAGGAUCCAAUUCGAAAUUGGGUCCUGGGGUAAUAAUUCAUGAGCGAUGUGUCUUGGGCGAUCAUGUCGAAUUUGAAGCAAAGUUUGAGUUGACCUCCGGAUCCAGAAUAGUCAGUCAACCUCAAGACAGCGGAUUCUCAGAUGAUGAAGGCGGAGAAGACAAUGAUGGGUUGAAGAUUGGCUCCAAGGCUUUCAAAUAUGUUGAUGAUGUUGAAGAUGAGGAGGACGAUGAUGAAAUCGAGGUGAUCACUAAAGAUAUAUGGGGCCUUUCCCUGAAGGACGUACACAUGAGUGAAGACGAUAGCUCAAGUGACGAAUCAGAUAUUGAAGGCCUGGAGGAAGCUUGCGACAUAAUGUUGGAUGAUGACGCCAAGUUUUCAGUUUUCAAUGCCGAAGUGUUCGAGUCCUUGCACAGAGGCUUCAAGGAAGGGAUUAAGGCCGACAAUUUGAUUUUGGAAAUCAAUUCAUCUCGUCACGCCUACGCUGUCUCUUCAAAUCAAGUGGUGCACAGUGUUUGUUCAGCGGUAUUUGCAAUUCCGGGUCAGCAAAAAGAUCUUUCCGGACCGAAACUUUUGAAAGAGAUCCAAAGGGUGAUCAAAGCAUUUUCUCCUAUCCUAUCUAAGUACGUGAAAGACUCUGCGGCCCAAAUCGAAUGCCUCUUUACUUUGGAACAACAUUGCAAAGAUCACUCGGAUUACCUGGCCGUGGCAAUGAAAACCAUCCACUUCCUAUAUGAGACAGACAUCAUCACAGAGGAUGCUGUGCUGAAGUGGUUUGGCCAAUCAGACCGGCACCCAUCGUUUGGUCCUGGCUUCCGAAAAAAAAUCCAGCCCUUCAUCGACUGGUUGGAAGAGUCCGAAGAUGAUGAUGAUGACGACUCAGAGUGAUAUCGGAUAUUUUUCAUUAAACUUGUUUACAAAACUCAUGUGUUUCACCACAUCUUCCUUAUUUGUUGGUACAAAUUGAAAGAAAUGAUUUGGCUUUAG